UAUAUAAGGACUCUUUUCAAAGUAGAAAUAACUGCAACAAUUGUAAUAGAAUAAAUAUAGGAAUUUAGUUUACUUCGAUGUAACAAGUGUUAUAUAAUCCACAGUAUUUUAAAUAAAUAUAUAGAAAAUAGCUUGGAAAAUUAUAAAUGGAGACAAACAGUUUACACAAUGCUAUAAAAAUGAGCAGUGACAAAGAUUGUGUUUUUCAAAUGUUUGCACAAUUUUUUUGGUCUUUUGUAAAUUUUAAGUUUAUUUAUUGUUUUAUGCUCUGUCAUUUUUGAAAAUUACAAUUAUGGAAGUUAUACCAACGUUGUAUGGAAAUUGUAAGUUUGACAAUUUGCCGCUUAUUGUGGCGACUGCAUUUACCUUGGUGAUGGAUGUAAUUCUACUGUCAAAACUGUUACUAAAAAGAGAUGGAUCUCACAUAACAGACGGAGAUAUUGUCGCUAUAGUUGUGAUGAUGACAUUUACAGCAGGUGUCCUGAUUUUGGACGCGUAUUUCAUUUUUGCAAAGGGACAGCAUUCAAGGAAACUAAAAGCAAAGCGUGAAUAUACAAUCAACAGAGAAGAAGCCGUAUUUGUUCAAAUUUGCGACAAAAGUAUUUGUAAAUACACGAAAAGCACAGAACCCAGAGCUCUUGUUUCAACGUGUACGAACACAAAGAAGUGGAUUGAUUGGAAGCUAAUUCUUCCUCGAAAUAAGCAGAACACAGGGCCGAUAAGCAAGGUUUAAGGUGGGAUAUACGAUGGAGGAACUAAAUGUCAAUCUAUUUUUUAUAUUACCUUUGAAUAACAUGUUGAAUCUUAUUGUAAACAUUGGGGCGUUGUCGUCCGUCGUCCGGCGUAAGCUUUUACAAAAAUCUUCUCCUCAGAAACUACUGGGCCAAAUUAAACCAAACUUGGCCACAAUCAUCAUUGGGGUAUCUAGUUUAAAAAAUGUGUGGCGUGACCCAGCCAACCAACCAAGAUGGCCGCCACGGCUAAAAAUAGAACAUAGGGGUAAAAUGCAGUUUUUGGCUUCAAACUCAAAAACCAAAGCAUUUAGAGCAAAUCUGACAUGGGGUAAAAUUGUUUAUCAGAUCAAGAUCCAUUUACCCUGAAAUUUUCGGACACCCGUUGUUGGGUUGCUGCCCCUGAAUUGGUAAUUUUAAGGAAAUUUUGUCUGUUUUCGCUUAUUAUCUUGAAUAAUAUUAUAGAUAGAAAUAAACUGUAAACAGCAGUAAUGUUCAGCAAAGUAAGAUCUACAAAUAAGUCAACAUUAUCAAAAUGGUCAGUUGACCCCUUAAGGAGUUAUUGCCCUUAAUAGUAAUUUUUUACCAAUUUUUCGUAAAUUUUGUAAUCUUUUACAAAAAAAUUCUCCUCUGAAACUACUUGACCAAACUUAGCUACAAUCAUUAUUAGUGUAUCUAGUUUAAAAAAUGUGUGCGGUGAUCCCGUCAACAAACCAAGAUGGCCGCUAUGGCUAAAUAUAGAACAUAGGGGUAAAAUGCAGUUUUUGGCUUAUAACUCAAAAACCAAAGCAUUUAGAGCAAAUCUGGCAUAAAGUUAAAUUGUUUAUCAGGUCAAGAUAUAUCUGCCUUAAAAAUUUCAGAUGAAUCAAACAACCCGUUGUUGGGUUGCUGCCUCUGAAAUUGGUAAUUUUAAGGAAAUUUUGCUGUUUUUGGUUAUUAUCUUGAAUAAUAUUAUAGGUAGAGAUAAACAGUGAACAACAAUAAUGUUCAGCAAAGUAAGAUUUAGGAAUAAGUCAACACGACCGAAAUGGUCAGUUGACCCCUUUAGGAGUUAAAGCCCUUUAUAGUCAUUUUUUUACAUUUUUCAUAAAUUUUUGUAGAUUUGCAGAUAAUAUUUUCCACUGUAAUUACUGGGUCAAGUUCAUUAUAGAUAGAGAUAGUUGUAGCAACAAGAACGUUCAGAGAAGUAAAAAUCUACAAACACAUCACCAUCAUCAAAACACAAUUUUGUUAUGAAUUUAUCUGUGUCCAUUGUUUAAUAUGCACAUAAACCAAGGUGAGCGACACAGGCUCUUGAGAGCCUUUAGUUUAAUUUGAAAUCAUAUUGUGCAUAUUUUCAGUGUUCCACUAAGUUGUCAUAUGUACAGAUUAUUGAAACAAUUAAAACUGUUAUCAGUUUAUUAUCACAUACAACCUCUUACCAAAGUCAAAUAUGUGAGAUGAUAGUUAUUAUCUCUCAUAUACAGGAGUAUACAAUUAUAUGCAUCAUGAAAGUCAAUUUGUAAUAAUCGAAUAUUAAGAUGUUAUUAGGUAGAAUAAAAGAAAGAGAUGCCGUAAGGGUAGAAACACUGUUGUCCCAUGUACAAGAGAAGUACUAAGAAAUUAGAGAAGUCAAUCCAUUUUGCGGUCAUUGACUUUAAUCAUGAAUAUUGCACUUAAGAUAGAUUUAAGGUGUGGCACACACUUGUUGCAUUGGGCUUAGCAAGUAUAUUGGGUUCUGCAAUACAGUAUAUCUAUAAUGGUUUUCUGUGUCUUGUUGGAGUAAAUGAGCUCCAAUCUGACUGAUUCUUAGUUAAUUGGGGUUCAAACAAGAUACUGAUGUUUUUUAUCACAAAUUUUAUCUAACCUUUAAAGAUAUAAAUAUUUUACUUUGGGAAAAUAUAUGGCAUAUUUUGUUAAUCAAAUAUAAAAGUUAUCAAAAUAACCAGGUUUAUAAUUUGUUACGCCAGACGCGCGUUUCAUCUACAUAAGACUCACCAGUAACGCUAAAGGUAGCACACUACAAAGAUUUUUUUACUUCCAAUUACUAACCUUUGAAAUGCUGUAACUUUCUUAUGAAUGCAUAGAAAAUAAUAAAAGAGGUAUAUAUAGAUAGAUAAAAGAUUAAUCUUUUUAAUGGAUGCAAUAUUUUUAUUAUGCAAUCAUUAUGUAAUCAAUUAUUAUGUAAUAAGUGGCAAAAUCUGGGUAAGUUCACUUGAAUGAAUUUAGCUCUAUCAUCUCUUUAACUAUACAGAAAGUUUUAACGAAACCUUAAUUAACACAUCAUGGGCUUCAAAAGGCUGUCUCAAAUUGUCUCUACAGGAUUCCAUUCUCUCAUAAAUCUCUAAUUAGUGUAAACAUCCGAAUCACAUAAAAGAAAAUAAUGUUUAACUAGUUGUAAAAUUUGUUCUAUACAUUCUAUCUGAAAUCUGAGACAUCCUUUUGUAGAUAAUGGGCAUAGGAACAACAUGCAGUAAAAUCAGCCCUCUAGGGAUACCUAUGCAGUGGCUAAUUUCAUAUGAAAGUAGAAAUUUGGUGAACAAUAUUUUAGACACAGUUAACAUUAUAAUUGGUAUUGUUGCAUUAUACUAACAUUACAUUAAUUUGAAAGAGUAAUCUGGUAGCUAUCCAAAACUACCACCUUUGUAAAUUUUCAAGCAUUAUUAAGAAAAAUACAGCAUUUUAAAACUUGAGAGUUGGACUUAUAAAAUCUUUGUAUUGUGCUACCUUAAAUAAAUAAAAGAUAGAAAGCCAAACGUAAAAUAUGCUACACAGAAUAAAAGUGAUCAGUAUGCUGGAGUUUCUUAUUUAAAACCUAUUUGUUGAAUUUAGAGGCAGAAAUUUUCAGCAAAUUGUCAGUAUUCUUAUGGGAACGAACUGUGCGCCUCUCUUGGGCGAUAAUUUCUUAUAUUCCAGAUUCAGAGUUGUCAAAAACAAGAAGAUCAAAAUAGCUUGAUCAUUAAAUUUCACAUUCAGAUAUAUUGAUGACAUUCUGUCUAUUAACAAUUCAAAUUUUUCUGAUUGGGUUCCAUUUAUAUAUCCUUCAGAACUUGAAAUUAACGAAACAACCGACACGGAAUCCUUCGUCUUAUUUUUAGACUUAUACCUCGAAUUUAAGAUACGCGGUUAUAAAUAAUUGACCAUUUAUCUACAUAAAAAAAUGCCUAUACCAAGUCAGGAAUAUGAUAUUUGUUGUCCAUUCGUUUGAUCUUUGAUCUCUUCAAUUAUGCAUUUGAUAAGUGACUUUCCGUUUUGAAUUUUCCUCGGAGUUUAUAGUAAUAUCUCAAAUUCUUUUAUUUUGAUGUUGGUAUUAAAAUUGGCCUUGUUUUUAUAACUGACGACAUUAUUGUGUUGGCCGAAAGUGCAUUUCAGACUACCUUCGGAAGAAUGCUCAUGGUGUGUGCUGAGUGUGGUGAUCAUAUCUUAAUAUUGAAAUUUCACUUAUUUAGUUCUGGUACUAACUGAAUAUUUUGACUACAAUGUGACAGUCAAGGUCGUUGCUCUGGUAGCAAAAUGGUUCUAAUUCUAGGGAUAGCUAUAUAAAAAUUUAUAGGUUGUGUCACAUACGAUGUAUUUAAUCAAAUGUACAUGUACGAUCCGUUAGUAAGAUCUAUAAUUGGGUACAUGGGUUCUAUAAGGGAUACGAAAACAUAUUUUAAAUCUGUUCAUAUUUUCAUGUAGUCAUUUUUCUAGGCGCUGACACGUAUGCACCUAUUUCUGCGGUUGAGGGAGAUAUUGGUUUGAUUCCGAUAUUUUAUACCCAAUGACAUGUACAAUUGUGAUAUACUUGUGUAUAAUGUUCAAAUUGAAUACCGACAUAUAUAGUCGUAAAAUAGUAAGGUUUUUUAAAUGCAUUGAGACUUUGUGCCUGAAACAUAGUUGUGUUAAAAAAAAUUGUUAAGCUUGAUUUCUAUAAUUAUUGUGCCAUUGUCUCAUUUUGGGAUCAGAGGGUUGACGUUUAUGAGGAUUUGUAAAAAAUGACAUAUUUCCAUGAAGGAAAACUAGCGUCAACAAAUUUUUUCCAAGACUUAUAGAGGAGGGAGUAAGCUACGUACAUAUUCCUUAUUUGACCAAAAUCAAGACUUAUCGCGUUUGUAACAUUGUGAUGCUGUUUUGUCAACGCAGUAAUUUCUAAAAAGAAAUUAGAUGAGACGUGGCAGUGAUUCUAUUGUGAAAAUCUUUUAAAAAAAAGUGUGUGUGUUUUUGUUGCAAUGCUACUGUUAGAGAUGACUACUAUUCACUCUUAGAUUGUCCACUUUAUCGGGACGUUAGAACAGCCUCGUUUGACGAGGUUUGAAAUUUUAAACCAGAUAAAAUGAAUUUGAAAAUUGUCAAACAUGUGAAUUGUUAUUUUCCGAUAUCAAUAAAGAAAGGUUUUGUGGUAAAAGCUUCUUAUAAAAAAAGAGUUUGUAAAUUGUAGAGAUCGAAAGUUUUAUUAUGGUGAAAUAAUGCUUUCUUAUGUAUGUUGUGUAUCUUUUAACAUGUUUCGUACAUCUAUAUUGAGAAUAUUUUGUAUUUUAUAGUAAAUAAAUGUUUUGUGAAUAAUGUAUUUAGCUUUAUACAAAGGGUGAGACGCUAAAGAGGCAUU